UCUUAAUUGUAAUAACACUGUAAUUAAUUCUAAUAAAUUUUUGGAUAAUUUUGUUUUAGCAGGAUGAUGACGACGAGGAAACCCCGCUUUCGAUUGUCUUUUACGCCCCGAUCAUCGGUAAUUAAACUGCGUUUCGUAUCGAUUUUCGAUCGUGAUUAAUUAAAUUGGAUGCUUAAUGAUUAUGGUUGUUAGAGUUGUUGCUUAAAAGCAAUACUGGUGAUGAUUAUUGCACUGAUAGUGAAGCUCCUGUGGAACUGGAACGAAGAUGGUGGCUACGGCGAAGAAGCAACGGAGAGUAGCGGUUUAUUAUCGUACAAGGACGAAGAAUCUUUGUACAGUUCGUACGGUACAAGUGAAGAGGAUUUAGAAUCAUGUAAUAAUAAUAUUAAUAAUAACAGUAAAGGGAGUUGCAGUAGUAGUUAUUCUUCCUCGGGUGACGAUUUGUACGACGGAACGAUAUGCGCGAUAUGCUACGACGAGCAGAGAAGCUGCUUCUUUGUUCCUUGUGGCCAUUGUAUUACCUGCUAUACUUGCGCUAACAGGAUCAUUAGUGAAGAAAUCAAGACUUGUCCAAUCUGCCGCACAUCUAUUAUCAAAAUAAUGAAGUUACAUAUUUCAUGAAACAAAUUUUUUAAAUUUUUUUUUUUGUUAAUUAAGCAAGAUCAUCUGUAUAUAUGUAAGGUGGUCCUGUAAAUAUCAUAAAUGUGUACAUAUUAUUGAAAAAAAAAAUUGUGAAUAUAUUAUCCAUACACAUGGAGUCAUCAUUAUUCAUAGUCGACCGGGUUUAUUUUUAUUUUAAAUUCCGAAGAAGGGUUUA